CAUAAUAAAGGAGUACGGAGCUUUUCCUCAUUAAAAUUAUUCAUGCACCUGUAAGCUUUAAGUGUAAGUCAGCUUGACGAACAAAUCAGCGUCUUUAGAAAAUUCCGACAAACAACGGUACCUUAGAGCUGAGAAGUUCAAUCUUAUAAAUGAUACCCAAUUUAUACAUUUGAAACGGUGAAUGAGUGCUAUUUUUCAUCUUCUUCGAAUGGAAGAUGCCUAAUUAAUAGUUCUAAGAGGUUUAAAAACGUACACACCACUUAUAGUCGUUCUUUCAAUUGCUAACCAAAUCUUCCUCCAAACGCAAGUUCAAGUUUACAUAAGCAAACUUAUGUAAUAGCGUAUGUAAUACUAGAUUUAUAUGCGUCCCUAAGACGCCUCUGGGUUAAAUAACAGUAAUCUUAUGGUAAACGGAACGGUGUAUUUUGUUUUCUUUCCGCGACCAAAACUUUUUAUGGGGGCAAAAAAACUCCCGUUACGGCCACUGGAUCUUCUUAUCCACCUCCAGUGAUUACCAAGUGGAAUCUGUGUACAUGUACGUUUACGAACACAUGACGGAGGUCAUCGAAGCUGCGGAAGUUCCUGAAGAAAAGAAGCAGUAACACAAGCAGUUUGCCAGUUUGUCGUAGGUCUUCAAACAACCAACAUCAUCAUGAAUAUCAUCAUUGUCACGUUUUUGUUUUUGUCGGUAAUUUGUGUUUCAAAUUCGUCCCCAAUUAGUCCAAGAAGAGUAAAAUACGACGAAGGGAAUGGAAAAAUUAAAUACGAUCAGCGUCAAGAAGGACAGUGGAAUGUAAGAGCAGAUUUGCAAAAUUUUGUUAUCCUUAUCAUACCAGCGUUAUCAGCGACCCCAACAGCACCUCCGAGCAGUAGCCCUGCCGAUAUAGCUGCCUUAGGUCUUUUAGAACUCCUGUCUAAAGCAGUCCCUUCAAAGAAACGUAAAUACAAUGUCAAAAAGGAUGGAAUUGAGCAACAUCACGAAGAAGACGAAGAGCAUGCUGUAAUUGACACCACCGAUCAUUUUAAAGAAAUGAAAACUGCUCCUUAUCACGUAGAUAUUGGAAAAACGAUUGAAAGACUUGGAAAACUCGGAAACGGUGUUAUCACAGUAAACGCUGAGGACAGUUCGGAAGUUCAUGAGGUCGAUAUUCCCAUAACUAGGUCUCAUGGGCAACGUACUCGCGGGCUAAGAAGAAAUAUGAAGGCGUUUGUGAUUUCAGUACCAGUUGAAAACGCACACGCACAAUUGUCCAAAAAUGGAACCAUAAAGAAAGAUAAAGGAUUCUCUGAAAAAAAGUCGCAGAAGAAAAACCUCACUGAAAAUUCUAAAAAUGAAAAAAUUAAAGGAUCCGAAAAAGAUGAAGACAUGCUGCUGUUAGGAGCCGAGUACGAACAGUGUGGACCUGAUCAAAAACGAGACAAAGAUGGAAUUUGUAGAUCAUAAAUAUAAUCAUAUUAUUAAUUUAUUCACUAUUUUAAUUUAUUAAUUGAUAAAAGGGAGUUCUCUCUUUGUG